CUGCUUCUCAGUUGCAGAUCUGACCUCUUCUGAACACGUGGCCGUGUCUCCAUCCCUGGGACUCUGAACCCAGCAGCUGGACCACUUUGUCCUUGGGAUUUUGGGUGUCCUCACUUCUUAUCUUUCCCCUUUCCUCUCUUCCCUCCCACCUCCUGAGAACUCCUGAAGACUGUAGGAUUGUCAUGGAGUCCAGGGAAAUCUUAAGCAGCUCCCGGCAAAGGGGGGACGAGUCGGAAUUCCUGCCUGUCUCCUCAGCCAAGCCCCCACCUGCCCCUGGCUGUGCAGGAGAACCUUUGCUCUCUGCUCCAGGAACUGGGAAGGGGAUCCCAGUGGGCGGAGAACGCAUGGAGCCAGAGGAAGAGGAUGAACUGGGCUCAGGGCGGGAUGUGGAUUCCAACUCAAAUGCAGACAGCGAGAAAUGGGUUGCAGGAGAUGGCCUGGAAGAACAGGAAUUUUCUAUCAAGGAGGCAAACUUCACAGAGGGCAGUCUGAAGCUGAAGAUUCAGACCACCAAGCGGGCUAAGAAACCCCCAAAGAAUCUGGAGAACUACAUAUGCCCACCUGAGAUCAAGAUCACCAUUAAGCAAUCUGGUGACCAGAAGGUGUCCCGUGCUGGGAAAAAUAGCAAAGCCACAAAGGAGGAGGAAAGAAGCCACUCCAAAAAGAAGCUCCUCACAGCCAGUGACCUUGCAGCCAGCGACCUCAAAGGAUUUCAGCCACAGGCUUACGAGCGGCCACAGAAACACUCAAGUCUCCACUAUGACCCAGGCCUCCCACAGGACGUCACCAGUGACACCUUAAAACCAAAGCACCAGCAAAAAAGCAGCAGCCAGAACCACAUGGACUGGUCCACCAACUCUGACAGUGGACCCGCCACUCAGAAUUGCUUCAUCAGUCCAGAGUCUGGCAGAGAAACUGCAAGCACCAGCAAGAUGCCCGCUCUUGAGCCCGUGGCUUCCUUUGCGAAGGCUCAGGGUAAGAAAGGCAGUGCAGGGAGCACGUGGAGCCAGCUGUCCACCAGCAGCAAAGAUCUGCUCUUGGGAGGUGUGGUCCCAUCCCCAGGUAGCCACGGCUCGCCAGCCCCGCCCAGCAGCUCUGGCGAGUGCAGCGGGCUGCAGCCCUUGGUAGAUCAGGAUGGAGGAGUCACAAAGGAGCCCCCAGAACCACCUGCUACAGGCAGCAAGAAAAAGUCCAGUAAAAAAGAUGUGAUAAGUCAAACCAUACCCAACCCAGACCUGGACUGGGUCAAGAAUGCCCAGAAGGCAUUUGACAAUACGGAAGGGAAAAGGGAAGGCUACCCUGCAGACAAUGCCCACGAGGCAUCACCAGCCAGGCAGAACUUGAGUUCUGUCAGUAAUCCUGAAAAUGACUCAAGCCAUGUCCGGAUUACUAUCCCUAUCAAGGCACCCUGUCUAGAUCCAACCAGCCAUAAGAGGAAAAAGAGACAGUCCAUCAAAGCGGUGGUGGAAAAGAUCAAGCCGGAGAAAGCCCUGGCUUCCGGAAUCACCAUGAGCAGUGAAGUGGUUAACAGGAUACUUGCCAACACUGAGGGAAAUAAGAAAGAUCCCCGGGUCCCUAAAUUGAGUAAAAUGAUAGAGAACGAGUCCCCCUCAGCUGGCCUUGAAGCGGGCGGCAGUGCCGAGAAAGUCAUGCCUGGAGGCGUGACCAAGCAGCGAAAGCCCCCCAUGAUCAUGACGCCUCCAACGUGCACAGACCACUCUCCCUCCAGAAAGCUGCCAGAAAUCCAGCAUCCCAAAUUUGCUGCGAAACGGAGGUGGACGUGCAGCAAACCAAAGCCCACCAGUAUGCUCCGGGAGGCAGUCAUGGCCACGUCCGAUAAACUGAUGGUGGAACCACCGUCCGCCUACCCCAUCACCCCGUCCAGCCCUCUGUACACCAACACAGACAGUCUUACUGUGAUCACGCCCGUCAAGAAGAAGCGGGGGCGGCCGAAGAAGCAGCCUUUGCUCACGGUGGAGACGAUUCACGAGGGGACUUCUACCAGUCCGGUCAGUCCCAUCAGCCGGGAGUUCCCCGGCACGAAGAAAAGAAAGAGACGACGCAGCUUAGCUAAGUUGGCCCAGCUGGUGCCAGGAGAGGACAAGCCCAUGAGCGAGAUGAAAUUUCACAAAAAAGUUGGAAAGCUUGGGGUACUGGAUAAGAAGACCAUCAAGACCAUCAACAAGAUGAAAACACUCAAAAGGAAAAAUAUCUUGAACCAGAUCUUAUCCUGCUCCAGCAACAUUGCUCUGAAGGCCAAAGCUCCCCCGGAGACCAGCCCGGGGGCGGCGGCCAUCGAGAGCAAAUUGGGCAAACAGAUCAAUGUCAGCAAGAGGGGAACCAUCUACAUCGGCAAGAAGCGGGGCAGGAAGCCAAGAGCAGAGCUGCCACCCCCAUCCGAGGAACCCAAAACAGCCAUCAAGCACCCUAGGCCUGUUUCUAGCCAGCCGGACGUUCCAGCCGUGCCUUCCAACUUUCAGUCACUUGUGGCGUCUUCACCAGCAGCUAUGCACCCACUUUCGACGCAGUUGGGUGGGUCCAAUGGCAACCUGAGCCCCGCCAGCACCGAAACCAAUUUUUCAGAGUUGAAAACUAUGCCAAAUCUCCAGCCCAUCAGUGCUCUUCCAACCAAAACCCAGAAGGGAAUCCACAGUGGAGCCUGGAAGCUGUCCCCGCCCAGGCUGAUGGCCAACUCGCCUUCCCACCUUUGCGAGAUCGGGUCACUCAAGGAAAUCACCCUGUCCCCUGUGAGUGAGUCGCACAGCGAGGAGACGAUCCCGAGCGACAGUGGCAUCGGGACGGACAACAACAGCACGUCUGACCAAGCGGAGAAGAGUUCGGAAUCCCGACGGAGGUACUCCUUUGAUUUCUGCUCCCUGGACAACCCGGAGACCCUUCCGUCUGACACCAGCACGAAGACCCGGCACGGCCACCGGCAGAAGCAUCUCAUGGUGGACAACUUUCUGGCCCACGAGAGCCUCAAGAAGCCAAAGCACAAGAGGAAACGGAAAAGCCUGCAGAACCGUGACGACCUGCAGUUUCUGGCGGACCUGGAGGAGCUCGUCACCAAGUUCCAGGUGUUCAGGAUCUCCCACCGGACUUACACCUUCUACCACGAGAAUCCGUACCCCAGCAUUUUCCGGAUUAAUUUUGAUCACUACUACCCGGUGCCAUAUAUCCAGUAUGACCCCUUGCUCUAUCUUCGCAGGACCUCAGACCUGAAGUCCAAGAAGAAGCGUGGUAGGCCCGCAAAAACCAAUGACACCAUGACAAAGGUGCCUUUUUUACAAGGGUUCAGCUACCCUAUUCCCAGUGGAAGUUACUAUGCACCCUAUGGAAUGCCUUACACAUCAAUGCCUAUGAUGAACCUGGGUUAUUACAGUCAGUACCCAGCUCCCUUGUACCUCUCGCACACGCUCGGAGCCGCGUCCCCGUUCAUGAGGCCGACGGUGCCACCUCCUCAGUUCCACACGAGCUCCCACGUGAAGAUGUCUGGGACAGCGAAGCAUAAAGCGAAGCACGGAGUCCACCUGCAGGGGCCUGUCGGCAUGGGCCUCGGGGACAGGCAGCCAGCCCUGAACCCUCCCAAGGCGGGCGGCGCGGGGUUGGCCAGCGGUCGGCUCCACAAGAGAAAACACAAACACAAGCAUAAGCACAAGGAAGACCGGAUCCUGGGGACCCAUGACAACCUGAGCGGUCUCUUCGCGGGCAAAGCCACGGGCUUCUCCAGCCACAUCCUGAGCGAGCGGCUGGGCGGUGCGGACAAGGAGCUCCCGUUGGUGGGCGAGAAGAAUAAGCCGAAAGAGAAGCAGAAGCACCAGCACAGUGAAGCCGGCCACAAAGCUUCCAAGAACAACUUUGAGGUGGACACCCUGUCUACACUGUCACUUUCCGAUGCCCAGCAUUGGACCCAGGCCAAGGACAAAGGCGACUUGGGCGGCGAGCCUGUGGACUCAUGCCCAAAAAGGUACUCCGGCAGCGGUGGCGAUGGCAGCGGCACCAGACCCGAGAGCCUGGACGUGUUCAGUGACAUGAACCCUUCAAAUGACAAGUGGGACAGUGACAUGAGCGGGAGUAAAAGGAGGAGCUACGAGGGCUUUGGGACAUACAGGGAAAAGGACAUCCAGGCCUUCAAGAUGAAUCGCAAGGAGAGAAGCUCCUACGAGUCUUCCCUGUCACCAGGGAUGCCAAGUCCCCACCUAAAAGUGGACCAAACGGCACCACACAGUAAGAACGAGGGCUCCGCGUCCACCAUGAUGACCAGGAAGAAGCCAGCGGCGGUUGACAGUGUGGCAAUCUCCCCGAGCCCAGUGUUAUCGCUCCUCGCUGCCUCUGCGGCCACGUCUGAUGCAGCCAGCUCCUCCCUGAAGAAGCGAUUCAAGCGGCGGGAGAUCGAGGCCAUCCAGUGCGAGGUGCGCAAGAUGUGCAACUACUCCAAGAUCCUGUCCACCAAGAAGAACCUGGACCACGUGAACAAGAUCCUGAAGGCCAAGCGGCUGCAGAGACAAUCAAAGACAGGCAACAACUUCGUCAAGAAGAGGAGAGGGCGUCCGCGAAAGCAGCCCACGCAGUUCGAUGAGGACUCCAGAGACCAAAUGCCGGUGCUGGAAAAAUGCAUCGACCUUCCCAGCAAGAGGGGGCAGAAGCCGAGCCUGAGCCCGCUUGUCUUGGAGCCAGCAGCCACUCAAGACACCAUCAUGGCUACCAUCGAGGCGGUCAUCCACAUGGCCCGGGAGGCGCCGCCCCUGCCCCCGCCGCCCCCGCCGCCCCUCCCGCCCCCGCCUCCACCGCCGCCCCCACCUCCCCCACCCCUGCCCAAGACCCCCAGAGGAGGAGGGAAGAGGAAACACAAACCUCAGCCUACUGCUCAGCCCCUGCAGCAGCCGCCCCCGCAGCAGCCCCUGCCCCAGGAAGAGGAGGUGAAGGCCAAAAGGCAGAGGAAGUCCCGAGGGAGUGAGAGUGAUGGCCUUCCCUAG